UGGUGGGGGGCGCGGAGGCUUAGCCCGCGAAGACGGUCGACGGCGGCUGGAGUGGUGGUGGCGCGGGAUGGGACGGAUCGCGGCGCCAGAUAAAGCCACCUGAAUGUGCUAGCAAGUUACAGAACAGCUGUCUUCUCAAACGUGUAAACAGAAAGGACAUUGUCUACUCCCUUUUUUAAAUGGUUGUGAGCCAUGCCUUUGGUGAAAAGAAACAUUGAACCACGGCAUCUCUGCCGAGGAGCUCUGCCAGAGGGAAUUACCAGUGAACUGGAAUGUGUGACGAAUAGUACCCUUGCCGCUAUCAUACGCCAGCUAAGCAGCUUAAGCAAACAUGCUGAAGACAUAUUUGGUGAAUUGUUUAAUGAGGCCAACAGCUUCUACAUCAGAGCAAAUUCCCUUCAAGACAGAAUUGAUCGCCUUGCUGUCAAAGUUACCCAGCUGGAUUCAACGGUAGAAGAGGUAUCCUUACAGGAUAUCAACAUGAAAAAAGCAUUCAAGAGCUCAACAAUUCAAGAUCAGCAGGUAGUUUCAAAGAACAGCAUUCCUAACCCAGUGGCUGAUAUUUAUAAUCAGAGUGACAAACCACCACCUCUGAAUAUUCUUUCACCUUAUAGGGAUGAUAAGAAAGAUGGAUUGAAGUUCUAUACUGAUCCUUCCUAUUUUUUUGAUCUUUGGAAAGAAAAAAUGUUACAAGAUACUGAAGAUAAGCGAAAGGAAAAGAGGAGACAAAAGGAGCAAAAGCGUAUAGAUGGCACCACCCGUGAGGUGAAAAAGGUUAGAAAAGCCAGGAACAGACGCCAGGAGUGGAAUAUGAUGGCAUAUGACAAAGAGCUUAGACCUGACAACAGGUUGUCUCAAAGUGUGUACCAUGGAGCAUCUUCCGAGGGAUCACUGUCCCCAGAUACUAGGUCCCAUGCAUCUGAUGUUACAGAUUAUUCUUAUCCUGCUACUCCGAAUCAUUCCCUCCAUCAGCAGAUAGCAAUGCCUUCAUAUGGAACAGGAGAUGGUCCACAAUACAUGGCAGCAUCCCAAAGCCAUGAGCAUGAAUACAGACCACCUUCCACCACUGUACGACACGCUACUUUAAACAGACCUCAGCAACCACCUCCACCACCACCCCAGCCUUCAGAUGGCCAACAUAGCUCAGUACCUGUGGUACCAGCAGAAUAUGGGAUGCUUCCAGCUCAGAUGGUGGAUUAUUACAAUCCUACAGGUCCUCCCCCUCCGCCUCCUCCCCCUAUGAUUCCUUCAGCGCAAACCGCAUUUGUUAGUCCCCUUCAGCUUCCUGUGCCACCUUCCCAUUCUGGACUGGUGACUGGCUCUACAUACACAGCUACUCAUCCUCCUCCUUCUAGUGGGCUUGUUGUCACUGCUCCUCCUCCCCCUGGCCCGCCUCCUCCCCCUCCAGGCCCUCCUGCUGCAGGUUCAUCCCUCUCUUCCUCCCCAAUGCAUGCUCCUCCAGCUACCGAGGCAAAACGUCAUGAACCUGCACAGCCGCCAAUAAGUGAUGCACGGAGCGAUCUUCUUGCUGCCAUUCGAAUGGGAAUUCAGCUGAAAAAGGUGCAGGAGCAACGUGAGCAAGAAGCAAAGCGAGAGCCUGUUGGAAAUGAUGUGGCGACCAUCCUUUCAAGACGCAUUGCCGUGGAAUACAGCGAUUCUGAUGAUGAUUCAGAGUUUGAUGAGAACGAUUGGUCGGAUUGAACCUAGUCCAAGCCCAGCGGCAAGUUCAUGAAAUACUUGGCUUCAGUGAUUGCUUUCUUAGCGAGAUGUAAAGCAGGACGCUGACACAUAUUAAAGCUAGUGAUCGAAAAUUGAAUUGAUAUUAUUCAGAAUGCUGUAGCUUAGCAACUCUGGUAAUAAUGAUGUGAUUAUGCUUAUGCAGAUCAGAAACUUGUCUUACUUUCAGUAUUUACCGCAUAAUACUUAAGUGCCACUAAAUGUAGCAAAUCAUGUGCUGCGUGCAAAAUAUGCUGCAGUUGUUGCACUGUUACAGAACCAGCAUUUUAUUUUACUUUCCUGAUCUUGAAGGGAUAAAAUAUAUUUUUUUGACUUUACAUCUUAUUCUUUUAAUUAUGUAAGCAACUUAGGUACUUGUGAAUUGGUCUGGUUGUUAGUCUUUGACGGCAAUUAACUAUGUGAAUGAAGUGUUGAGUUCCAUAAAUAAGACUUUUAGCUUUUUUUAUUAGUUACUAAUUAUGCCCACCUUAGUCUAUUUUUAAGUACUUCCAGGCUUAGGUUUUUUGCAUACAGAAUUGAUUUUACAUAAUCUUUCUUUUUAUCUUAAAAAUGUAGCAGAUGAUGAAGCAUAUGCUUUGAAGAAUGAAUCCACAUGAUUCAAAACGAAUGUUUUAUGAGCAGACUGGCUAAGUUUGUAACAGGACCGGCUCUGGGUUGCUGGCCGCUUGUUUGGGGGGUCUCAGGCAGGUAGCGGAUGCACGUCCAUGUUACAAAUGACACUUUAAAUACCUGUAGAGCUUUUCAGUUUUAUGAUACAAAUCAGCUAGAUACCAAGCCUUAAGGGUAGACCUGAUUGAAGCCAUUUGGGUAUCGCAGUGUAGAAAUCUUGCUCUGUUACUACUAAAGAUUGGAACUUUUGUCAGUCCAGAUCUAGCAAGCAGACACAUUUCACAAGUAUUAAACUAGGUCUUUAUGUCUGUAGGUAUAAAUGAUUGUAAAUAAGUUUUGUUGAUUUGUACAUGUAUAGUCAUGACAUUGUUUUCCGUUUCCUGUAGUACAUUUACUCAAAACUACUAUUGCUUUGAAUGUAUUUGUUUCCUAGUACAUCCCAUUGAUAAAACAUUGGCAGUUAAAACAGUUUUAAUGGCUGUUUAGGUACUAUACCAUAUAUACACACUUGUUUUCUCCUUCACUAGGAACAGUUGCUGCCAUGCUGUCUCUGUUUUCUUUAAAAAUAAUUCCUUUUUUUCCACAGUACAGUAUUAAAAUGUUUUUUUGUUUUUGUUUUCUCUCUUUUGGACUGAGAGUCAGGCUGCUGCUUUGCCUAAUGAGGUUUUAAAAAAUGUAUUCUUAGCGGGGGAAGAGUUCUUUCCUUACCAGAUUACAGUUUUAGUCUUUGUAACUGAAGUCUGUGUAAUUCCAGGUCUAACAUUUGGUAAAGCUCCUUUGUUCUGUGAGGCCCUGUCUGUUCCCAAAAGAAAAAAAAAAAGUAUGUAACAUAAAAAGAGAAAUGGAAAAUAAUUAUCUAAGUUGUGUUUACACAAUGAACAGUUUUAGUCCUGAGAAUGUAACAGUCUAACACGAUGUUUGCAUGCAAACUGUUGGCUACUUCGUUGCUGUUUAAUCUGCAUAUGAUUUUCCAAUCUGUGGUGGCUGCCUUUAGGGUAGGGCGGUAACAUGCUGCCUCAAUGUUGGUGUGAGAAUUUAUCACAUAAAGUACCACUGAUCUCUGAGUAAUGGUGAGCAAGUACAGCUCUUGUUAAUUGGUGGCAGCUGAAGGUACUCAUCUCCGUUUCAGCUGGAGUGGUUUUGUCUUCGCCUUAAAAUACAGAGCUGAAGUCUGCUUUAUUUUUGUGUCCUGCCAUCUGAGGUCUGUGUGUCCACCUCAUAGGGCAGAAUUUAGGCCAUAGCCUGCUUGUGGGUUUCAUCAGUCAAUGAGAGAUGGUUUGCUCUGAUCAUCAUGGUGCUCUGCACAGUGGUUUGCAGAACGAUUCUUCACGUGGGUCGGCUAAAAGUGCAACUGGGACCGCAGUGUUACAUCCCUGUACAGGUGGGGAGAGUACUCUCAGUGUUCUUUUAAUACGUGCUGAAAUGAAAUAGGUCAGCAGGAAAUUCUUUCCAAUUUACUGAAAUUUGAUAUGCCAGAAGAUAUAUUUUAUGAGCACAGAAGUUGGGUGUGUCUGAAAUGUUGUAAUUUAUGUUAAUUUUAAAUAAUAAACAUUAAACAACCAAUCAGUUGGGACCAGUUAAAAUAGUGUAGAUUUUUCAGUCCUAGUAGCCAACCUGUUUUUCUGAACCUGCAAUGUUGUUGUUUUCCUUUCGAUAUUUUAUUAAUAAAAUGUGAAUUGGAUUUAGUGGUGUAAACUAACGUUAUUCUAGCCUGUUUUUAUCAGUUUUAUCAUACUUUGGGUUGUGAAUAAGUAACAAGUAUGAAUAAAAUCUCACUUUUGAGCCUGUGUUUCUUUCCUUAAA